GAAUGUUCUUGAUCCAGGUUGCCGUUUUGAAGAAUGAAUGUGCCUGCAAAGCCCAAUUUCUCUCUCUAGCUUAAGCCAGUGUGCCUAGAAUUUCCAGCUUUAGAAAGCAGCGUUGGGAAUAGAGCAGCCAGGGUAGAGAGAGGCCUGCAAACAGUAUCACGUGAAGAAGAGUUGAAGAGAUUGGCGAUGUCUAGCUAGAUAAUAAGGAGCCUUGGUGGUGCAGUGGUUAAGUGUUUACCUGCUAACUGAAAGGUCACCAGGUUUGGACCUACCAGCUGCUCCGUGGGAGAAAGACGGAAACCCUAUUGAGCAGUUCCACUCUGUCUUAUAGAGUUGCUAUGAGUUGGAAUCACUUGAUGGUAGUUGGUGGAGCCAGAUAAGGAAAGUCUGUCCUAUAGUAGAGGAAGUAGAUUUUGUUCUCUGUUGCAUCAGAGGGCAGAAGUAGAAUCAUAGGUGUUAGCAGGGGAAGGUUGGUAGCAUCAGAACAGUGCCCUGGGCACUAGUAUUCCAUGAAAAUGUAGAGGCAAGGAGAAGGGAAUUCAGAGCUGGGAGGGAAGCCCAGGCUAGAGUGGAAAGGCUAGCAGAAGGAAGGCAAAACCAGAAGGCAGCAGAGAGGCCCUAGCAAAUCAUUAUGAGGUGAGCGUGGAUCUUGCUUGAGAGGCAUUGGUGUCCCUUGAGUGUCCCUUCAGGGAAGGCCAAGGGCAGAGUAAACACUUUCUCUUGGAGACACAGGAAGCCAUUAAGGUGGCAUUCAUUUCUGUGUUCCCUUUUAGCCACUUUCAGGAUCUGGCAUCCUGGGCAGCAUGCAUUGCACCUAUACUAGCAUGAGACUUAAUAAUCCGUGUACAUAAAAUAUAAAAUAUCUUUUGAUGAAAUUGGGGAACCCUUAAUGUGACUUCUUUAUAACAAAGGCUCUGAGUUAACUGCAUUGUAACAUUAACUAAUGAAACGCUUAAACAUCUAUGCUAUAACUUGCUUUUUAAUUUUUUGUUUGCAGCAUAUCAAUGGAUAUUAUAAAGGGAAAUCUAGAUAGCAUUUCAAAACCAGCUUCAAGUUCAAGAAAACAUGCUGGGAGCAGAGGUUCAAAUGCUUCUUUAGAGGUUCUCUCACCAGAACCAGGGUCCUUCAAGGUUGAUACUGCAAUCAAGUUGAACUCUGGUAAGGAAGGCCACUCAGAAAGCACAGAGGAAAGUAGAAACAGCGACAAUGAGAAAGGGGAAAACUUCUUGGAGACAAUACAGUUGGCUGAUGUGGGGUCAGAUGAAGACCUGGACUUUGUUCAACAUCAGACAAUCCCUGAGUGUUCAGGAUGCUAUUAAGAAGAUGAAGAGGCUUGAUAAAGUAUUGGUGAAGAGACAGGACAGAGAAAAAGAAGUUAAGAAGCAAGGUCUAGAAAUGAGAAUAAAGCUGUGGGAAGAACUUAAGUCUGCAGAAAACAGUGACGCUUUGCGAAGUAAUGAGGAGAUAGAAAAUACAAAAAAGUUUUUGGCUUUGACUGCAGCAUCAGAAGAAACUGUUGGUGAGUAAGACUGAGGUGUCAUUUGUCUUUAUAUUUAUCUCAGUCAUAGAAUAUUUAGAUUAAAGUAAAAUUCCCAGUCAGAUUUCUUUUUCUCUUUGUGAGUUUAACUCUUCUUGAAGGGAAAUAAUUGAUCACAUUAGGUAGGAUUGUAUAGAACUACCCUGAGCUUAGGUAUAUUUCAAGGGUCUUCAUGGGCUUGUAUCUGCCCAGAGGUGAAGGGGACAGGGCAGAGAAAAGUGGAAAAUAGACGAAGCUUGUCUUUGACUUUACUUCCCUUCUAUAUGAAUAAAAGUCUUUAAAAAGCCCAACCCCUUUGACUAAGUAAUUUCUCUUCUAGGAAUUUAUUUGAAGCUAAUAAUGCAACAAUUACCCAAGGAUGGCCAACGAAGCAUUAUGACUAAUUGAAAAAAUGAGCAAACAAAUAAUCUAAAUGUUCAUCAGUAGGGUCUCAACAAACUGUGGCACACUCAUACAACGAAUUAACGUGGGACCAUUAAAAAUGAGGAAAAUUGUUCCAGUUAUCAACUGUUACGUAGCAAACCACCCAAAACUUAGUGGUGAACCGUAAUAAUUAUUGCAGGAUGCAAUAAUUAUGGGUGAAAGUUUAGGAGAAACAGGGUGUUUGCAUAGUGUUAUAAGAAUGCAUGGGGGUGGUGUCUGACCUCUAACUUCACAAGGAGGAAGGAGAGUCAAGAUCAACAGCCCAAGGCUGGCUCCUGUGAGGCAGAGGUCAGACAUGCGUCCUCUGUCCGCCAUCUGACACCAGCUGCCCCUCCCAUGGCACUCUACUUCUCUGCCUAGUUCCAUAAUUCAUUGCAAUGGCCACACAGAACUCACAGACAAUACUUACAAGUAUGGGGUAUAUUAGGGAAGUAACAGUUACAGUUCAGGCUUGGGAACACCCAGGAUACAGUUCUUCCAUUAGCCUCUUCCCAGCCGUGCUUGCAGGCACGCCUCUCCCAGGCCCUUGGCCUCUGCCCGAAGUCACUCAGCUUUCUGUCUCCCUGGGCUGGGAAGCCCACUGUGCUGUCUCCUGCUGCCAGGUCUCUGCUGCUGGGUUUC